AUGUAUGCAACCGAAGCGAGCAAUAAUCAAGAAGAGAGUGAAAGUGAUAAUAUAGAAGAUCUACUAGUCAGCGAUUACGACGAGCGCACUUGGUUUGGUGAGAGUGGCGUGCCUGAUCCGGCACGUGAUCCGAUCACGCAACUUUUGGCUCUGCUCAAAAAACCUCAGACAAUGGGAAAUCUU